AAGACGUCCUUGCAUUCACAAAAGUACAGUUGCGCGCGCGCUCUUUGCAAACCCGAAAAAAGUCCCAGCACAACAGAACAUUUACAUCUGGUGCAGAGAUCACCAUAUUUUAGCACGGGGGAAAGUAACAUAAUUAGCUUAUCGAUAGGUUUGAUGCGUUUAUUUUGUUAUGCCUUUGACCUACUGCUACAUUAGAAAAUGGCGGAGUCGGAUGGUGGGGAUUUCGCCUCGAAUCGUCCGCAGAACAGUAUGGCUAACCAGAAUAGCACCCUGCGUUGCACGUUCUCAGCCCCAAGCCAUAGCGCCACUCUCCUGCAGGGCUUGUCGGUCCUGCGAGUCCAGGGGCAGCUCCUGGAUGUGGUGCUGGCCAUCAAUGAGGAGCGCUUCCAGGUUCACAAGGCAGUGCUGGCCUCCUGCAGUGACUACUUCAGAGCCAUGUUCACCGGAGGCAUGAGGGAGUCAAACAAGGAUACCAUUGAGCUGAAAGGCUUGUCCGCCCGCGGCCUGAAACAUAUAAUUGACUUUGCUUACAGCGCAGACGUCACACUUGACCUGGACUGCAUUCAGGACGUACUGGGAGCAGCUGUCUUUCUCCAGAUGGUCCCAGUCGUGGAGCUCUGCGAGGAGUUCCUCAAGUCAGCCAUGAGCGUAGAGACCUGCCUGAACAUUGGCCAGAUGGCCACCACCUUCAACCUGUCCUCCCUCAAGGAGUAUGUGGACACCUUUACCUUCCGCCACUUCCUGCAGAUCGCUGAGGAGGAGGACUUCCUACACAUUCCCAUGGAGCGCCUGGUCUUCUUCCUGCAGAGCAACAAGCUGAAGAACUGCAGCGAGAUCGACCUGUUCCAUGCUGCCAUCCGCUGGCUGCAGCACGACGAGGCCCGCCGGGCCGGAGCCGACAAAGUGCUCUGCCACGUACGAUUCCCCCUCAUGCGCUCCUCGGAGCUGGUGGACAGUGUGCAGACGGUGGACAUCAUGGUAGAGGACGUGCUGUGCAGGCAGUACCUCCUGGAGGCAUUCAACUUCCAGAUCCUCCCCUUUCGUCAGCACGAGAUGCAGUCCCCUCGGACCGUGAUCCGCUCCGAAGUAGUUUCACUCAUUACCUUUGGUGGGACACCCUACACUGACAAUGAUCGCACUGUGAGCAGUAAGGUGUUCUAUCUUCCAGACAUUGCCGCGCGUCAGUUCAAGGAACUAACGGAGGCGGAGACAGGUUCCAGCCACGCCUGUGUAUCGGUGCUGGACAACUUUGUUUACGUAGUAGGCGGGCAGCACCUGCAGUACCGCAGCGGCGAAGGGGCGGUAAACGUCUGCUUCCGCUAUGACCCGCACCUGAGCCAAUGGCUGCGCAUCCAGCCGAUGCAGGAGGUGCGCAUUCAGUUCCAGCUCAACGUUCUUCAAGGACAACUCUACGCCACUGGGGGGCGCAACCGAUCUGGAAGUCUGUCGUCCGUAGAGUGCUACUGUCCCAAGAAAAAUGAGUGGACCUACGUGGAACCACUGAAACGCAGAAUCUGGGGCCAUGCAGGAACUCCCUGUGGUGACAAGCUCUACAUCUCAGGGGGUUACGGUGUCUCGGUGGACGAUAAGAAAGCCCUGCACUGUUAUGAUCCCACAUCUGACCAAUGGGACUUCAAAUCGCCCAUGAACGAGCCCAGAGUGCUUCAUGCUAUGAUCAGCGCCAAAGACCGUGUUUACUGCCUGGGCGGUCGCAUGGACCACGUGGACCGCUGCUUUGACGUCCUGGUGGUUGAGUAUUAUAUUCCAGAGAAUGACCAGUGGACCACUGUUAGCCCCAUGCGAGCAGGGCAAUCUGAGGCAGGCUGCUGCUUGUUGGACAAAAAGAUCUAUAUUGUUGGAGGGUACAAUUGGCAUCUAAACAAUGUCACAAGCAUCGUGCAAGUGUACAACACAGAGGCUGAUGAGUGGGAGAGGGACUUGCACUUCCCUGAGUCUUUUGCAGGAAUUGCGUGUACGCCGAUCAUACUUCCACAAACCACCACGCAACGGUAAUCCCUCCGCCCAAAGUGUCUGUGACAAUUUGAUUCCAUGGACGAUUCCUCACAAAACUGAAAACAAAAAAAAUACCAUGAUUUGGGGGAUUUUCAGUCAAUUUAAUCCACAGAAGGGUCCUUUGGAAGAAGGAUAGAUGACAUACAGUGCCUUCAGAAAGUAUUCACACCCCUUGACUUUUUCCACAACUUGUUGUGUUACAGCCUGAAUUUAAAAUUGAUUACAUUUGGAUUUUGUGUCACUGGCCUACACACAAUACCCUAUAAUGUUAAAGUGGAAUUAUGUUUUUUGAAAUUUUUACAAAUGAACAAAAACCUGAAAUGUCUUGAGUCAAUAAGUAUUCAACCCCUUUGCUAUGACAAGCUUAAAUAAUUUCAGGAGUAAAUUUGCUUAACAAGUCACAUAAGUUGCAUGUACUUAUGUGUGCGAUAACAGUGUUUAUCAUGAUUUUCGAAAUGACUACUUCAUCUCUGUACCCCACACAUACAAUUAUCCAUAAGGUUCUUCAGUCGAGCAGUGGAUUUCAAACAGAGAUUCAACCACAUAUACCAGGGAGGUUUUCCAAUGCCUUGCAAAGAAGGGCACCUAUUGGUAGAUGGAUAAAAAAAAGCAGACAUUGAAUAUCCCUUUGAGCAUGGUCAAGUUAUUAAUUACAUUUUGGAUGGUGUAUUAAUACACCCAGUCACUACAAAGAUACAGGGGUCCUUCGUAACUCAGUUGCUGGAGAGGAAGGAAACCACUCAGGGGUUUCACCAUGAGGCCAAUGGUGACCUUAAAACAGUUACAGAGUGUAAUGGAGAAAACUGAGGAUGGAUCAACAACAUUGUAGUUACUCCAUAAAACUAACCUAAAUGACAGAGUGAGAAGAAGGAAGUCUGCACAGAUUAAAAAUAUUCCAAAACAUAGAUCCUGUUUGCAAUAAUGCACUAAAGUAAAACUGCCCUAAACAAUUGGCAAAUAAAUUAACUUUAUGUCUUGAAUACAAGACAAUAUUGAAUGUUCCUGAGUGGGCUAGUUACAGUUUUGACUUAAAUUGACUUGAAAAUAUAUGGCAAGACUUGAAAAUAGCUGUCUAACAAUGGUCAACAAACAACUUGACAGCUAGAAGAAGAAAAAUAAUCAUGUUCAAAUGUUUUACAAUCCAGGUGUGCAAAGCUCUUAGAGACUUACCCAGAAAGACUCACAGCUGUAAUCACUACCAAAGGUGAUUCUAACAUGUAUUGACUCAGGGAUGUGAAUACUUAAGUAUAUUUGAUAUUUCAUUUUCAAUAAAUGUGCAUAAAAAAUCCCAAAAUAUGUUUUCAAUUUGUCAUUAUGGGUUAUUGUGUGUAGAUGGGUGAGUUUUUUUUAUUUCAUAAAUUUUUAAAUUCAGGCAGUAACACAACAAAAUGUGGAAUAAGUCAAGGGGUAUGAAUAGUUUCUGAAGGUACUGUAUUUGACAUUUGUAUCUUAACGCACAAUUGAGAAAUAAUGAAUUGAAGUUGGAGUAUUUGUGACAUUUUCGCCUUGACUAUGCCUCCUUUAAGACUCCAUAAUGUUUAAUCUGUUAAGAUCUGUUAAGAUGUUGCUAUAAUAUAGGCUAAAGUGUAUUACUACAGCUUCCAUCCUAUGGUUGAGGUCCAUGUGCGGCAUUAUAAUGAACUGUGUUUGAAAUUAUGUGAAGGCCAGAGCCAGUGUAAAUGUAUUAGUGGCCUUUUAAUGGAAAAUAAGUGAUAGCUCUAAGGACAGACUUGCUUUUAAAUAGAUCAUUAUUGACAUUUCAAUGUAGUUUGGGGUGUUUAAAAAAAUACUUAAAGCAAUACCCACAAUCAAAAACCUAUUAACAGAUUUGCAGGAUAACAUUUCUACAUUUGUGCCCUGCAUCAAGGAAGCAUGUUUCUAUUAAUUGGUUGGGUAAAUACAUUGAAAUAGUCAAUUUGCAGGGUUUAACUUAAAACAAAACGAAAAUUACAACAGAUUUGAUGAUUGAUUAGACUGCAUGGGAACCGUAAGCAUUGUUCACAUUGAAGUUACUCAAAUUCAAUUUUAUUGCAUAUAGCGGAUUAGAAUCUGUUCUUUUUCCUGCAGUCUGAACAGCCAAAAAGCACAUGGAAUUUGAUAUUUCAAGACACAUUUCAAACCACCUUUGUAGUUCCUUUGAAGUCAGAUACAAAUCUUAUUCCUGGCCAUGCGUCUUGUCUGAACCGUCAAAUCUGAUUUGCCCUCGUGUGGUUUUUAGACAGUUAUUUGGCAUAUAUUGUUGCUUGCUAGCUACUCUGUUGACAGUUUAACAAUAACAUGUGGUAUCUAACUAGCUUGUUAAUUGUUUACAAACAAAUUAGUGAAUGUGCUAGAAAUCUAAACAGAUACCUAGCUAGCUAGUUGACUGCUGUGGCUAGCCAAAAAGGACUUGUUUUGAAACUACUUGUCUUAACCUUUGAGGCUUAAAAAGUGUUCUUACACUAUGAUGUUGAACAUUCAAAUCAACUGGGAAACGUCCAUGGGAGGCAUUGUUGUCACCUUAGCUUGCUACAUAACUUCUGAUGCUUUGAUCUGAUACCAUUUCUGUCUAGCCGUCUAUGCAUACAAUUUGAUGCAUACGUUUGAUAAAUCCAAAGUGUCCACCACAUAGAAUGCACUGCAACUGCUUCUGCAACGCAAUGCUGCAAGGCAAACGCAGCGUUCCAUUGGAAAGGAAUGUACAGUACUGAUCAAAUGUUUGGACACACCUACUCAUUCAAGGGUUUUUCUUUAUUUUUACUAUUUUCUACAUUGUGGAAUAAUAGUGAAGACAUCAAAACUAGGAAAAAACACAUAUGGAAUCGUGUAGUAACCAAAAAAGUGUUAAACAAAUCAAAAUAUAUUUUAGAUUUUAGAUUCUACAAAGUAGCCACCCUUUACCUUGACAGCUUUGCACACUCUUGGUACUCCCUCAACCAGCUUUACAUGGAA